GAAAUGCUUUGAAUACUUGCGACAUGGCCGCUUGCAUUGAUUGCCAAGAUUGACAGCAGUAACCAUCGUCUUCUGUCGCUUCUGUUUUAGAGUAACCUUAGAGAGUGUAAACGAGAUAAAUAUACCUAUAACUGCACUCAGCAGUUUUGACAGUUCAACUUCUUACAACCAAAGCGGGAUUCCCUCUUCGGUCAGUGGAAGCGAUACACUUCAGUUGAUCUUUUCUUUCUUUUAUCUGCUUGUACACAUCAGUGUACACUAUUUGUAACCUGUCUGAACACCAGUAACGGGAUACGGCGGAGACGAGAGCUUGUUUGACCCUGCUCACAUCAAGGACUUUCUGUCCGUGGAUUUGGGGAGGAACUUGUGGUUUUGUGCAAGCAAAGAGCAUUUCCUAGCUGGAUCCGGCAGAUCGCAGACGAACGCUUAUGGUGCCAGUCAUUUUCAUGAAUUCGAAAUCAACUCACCAGUGAUCUUUGGGAGCUGGAGAUAAAGUCUUUCUGUUUAUAACCCAAAUGCUGAACAUGGAGGGCUUUCUGCGUAGCAGCUUUUUACUGAGCAGAAUCAUGUCUUCCAAGCAAGCCACCUCUCCAUUCGCCUCAACCCCUGAUGGAGGUGAGGAUGGAGUGAAUCAGGAGUGCAUGUCCUGGGAAAAAGAUGAGAACUCUGAGUCACUAGUCACUCCUCAGCUUCCCCUGCACAAUCUGCUCAUCAACAAACCUCCCCUGGAGGAGCUCCAGCCAAUCAGCAGCAGCGUGCCGCCCGAAUCCGACUGGGACAGCCUCCUGGCCCAGCAGCGCAUGGAAUCGGACAGCAAUAAAGUAUGUUCCUUAUACUCCUUCCGGAAUAAUUCUACCUCUCCACACAAGCCAGAGGAGGGGGCCAGGGAGCGCGGCGACCUGCUGAGCAGUUCAGCCUUCGGAACGCCAGAGCGCCGCAAAGGAAGCCUGGCCGAUGUGGUGGACACACUGAAACAGAAGAAACUAGAGGAGAUGACAAAGACAGAGCAAGACGAAUCCUCUUGCAUGGACAAACUCCUUUCUAAAGACUGGAAAGAGAAGAUGGAGCGACUUAACACAGACGAGCUGUUGGGAGAAAUUAAAGGUACUCCAGAAAGUCUUGCAGAGAAGGAGCAACAGCUCUCCACCAUGAUCACACAGCUCAUCAGCCUUCGAGAGCAACUCCUGGCUACCCAUGAUGAGCAGAAGAAACUGGCCGCUUCACAGAUGGAGAAACAGCGUCAGCAAAUGGAGCUGGCACGCCAACAGCAAGAGCAGAUUGCCAGACAACAGCAGCAACUCCUGCAGCAACAGCACAAAAUCAAUCUCCUCCAGCAGCAGAUCCAGCAGGUCCAGGGUCACAUGCCUCCGCUCAUGAUCCCCAUUUUUCCACACGACCAGCGCACUCUGGCAGCAGCCGCGGCAGCCCAGCAGGGCUUCCUCUUCCCCCCAGGCAUGUCCUAUAAGCCAGGUGAUAACUACCCAGUGCAGUUCAUUCCAUCCACAAUGGCAGCUGCUGCCGCGUCAGGACUCAACCCUCUCCAACUCCAGCAACUCUACGCCGCCCAGCUGGCCAGCAUGCAGGUCUCUCCAGGAGCCAAGAUGCCUCCGCUGCCCCAGCCCCCCAAUUCCGCUGGGCAGAUCUCCCCAUCUGGCUUGAAGAAUGAAAAGAGGGCCUCAACCCCACUGGCUCAAGUCAAGGAGGAGGGAACGCAGCCUCUCAACCUCUCUGCCCGGCCCAAGACAGCUGAGCCCGUCAGAUCCCCCACAUCCCCAACACAGAUCCUCUUCCCAGGCAACAAGAGCAGCCCGAACAGCCUCUCCAAGAGCGGAGGCAUCCCCAGCCCCAUUGGAGGAAUGGGCCGUGGCUCGUCUCUGGACAUCCUUUCCAGCCUGAACUCAACAGCGCUGUUUGGAGAUCAGGAUGCAGUGAUGAAGGCCAUCCAGGAAGCGAGAAAGAUGAGGGAGCAGAUUCAGAGAGAGCAGCUCCAGCAUCAUCAGCAGGGAAUGGAAGCCAAGCUGUCUGCCCUCACCAGCAUGGGCCUGAACCACUGCAGAUCUGAUAAGGAGAGGUCUCAUUACGAUAACCUGGGCCAUCACCUGAGCAAACUAGGCGAGGAUGGAAAGAUUGGUCACAGAGUCAUCGACCUCACCAGGCCAGAGGAUUUCGAGGGGUGUAAGGAACUGAAUGGCUCUGCAGAUAAACUACAUCAGUAUUAUUGUUGGCCAACAGGAGGCGCCAGCACUACCGAUGCACGGGUCUACAGGGAACCCCGAGGAAGGAACAGCAACGAACCUCACAUCAAACGACCCAUGAAUGCCUUCAUGGUCUGGGCCAAAGAUGAGCGCCGCAAAAUCCUUCAGGCCUUCCCAGACAUGCACAACUCCAACAUCAGCAAAAUCUUGGGAUCUCGCUGGAAGGGCAUGACAAACCAAGAGAAACAACCAUAUUAUGAGGAGCAGGCACGGCUCAGCAAGAUCCAUCUGGAGAAGUAUCCCAACUACAAGUACAAGCCCCGACCCAAGCGCACCUGCAUCAUCGACGGCAAGAAGCUGCGCAUCGGCGAGUACAAGCAGAUGAUGAGGUCGAGGAGGCAGGAGAUGAGGCAGUUCUUCACUGUGGGGCAGCAGCCACAGACGCAGAUCCCCAUCUCCACCAGCGCAGGUGUCGUCUACCCCGGUGCCAUAACCAUGACGACCACAACGCCCUCCCCUCACAUGACGUCAGACUGCUCCAGUGCCUCGGCCAGCCCCGAGCCCACCAUCCCCGUCAUCCAGAGCACCUUCAACAUGAAGAUGGAACCGGGCACCAUGGUGUCUAACCACCCCGUGAACGGAGAGGACGAGAUGGACAUGUACGAGGACUUUGAGGACGAGCCCAAAUCGGACUACAGCAGUGAGAAUGACACACAGGAGCCGGUCAGUGCCAUCUAAGGAGAAAUCAGCCAGCGAAGAAUAUCCUUUUAUAAGUGAGAAGACUGAAGAAGAUGAAAAAGAGGACAACAACGACAACAAAAAAGAAAUCCAAACACUUGUUUCUGAUGAUAUAGAUUUUGGGAGCUAGCAUGCAGAUGUGGCUCCUGCAGAUUUAACAGCUAUUGGUCUUAAGUGUUUCUCCGAGUGUGAAACAUUUUGAUUGUGUUUUAUUUUGGCUUUGUUUUUAUUUGUAUUUUUGGCUUUUUUUAUUGUUAUUUUAUUGAAAAAAAAAAUGUAUUGUGUUUUAAUCAUGGACAAUUUAGGGUAUUUCCUACAACAUUUUUGAAUAAUAGGACUUGACUAUGAUUGAAACAUUUCAUAUGAAUGCAUAACUGACAGUCUUACUUCAAUUCAAACGGAUUUACACAUGAAUUUUUUUUUCUUUUGAAGCGUACAUUACUGUUUUCGAUGGGGUUCUAUAUCUCACUCAGGUAUGCUGUACCAGCCAACAGCUUGUGAAUGUUUUUAAUCAGAACUAUUUAAAAUGAAAAAGACGACACUUCAUUUGACAUUUCAUAAUACGAUAAAACUGAAGAAAUCCUUACAUUUGCUGAACCAUGGAGGGAACGCCUAAAACUCCCCAUUAUUAUUGUUCUUGUUGUUGUUGUUAUUAUUAUUAUUAUUACUAUUACUAUUAUUAAUACUACUACAAGUUCAGAUGUGCCAAACAUAUCAUAAGCUUCCUGCUCUUAAAUCUUAAAUUUGAAAGUCUUAAGGGAGAGACUGCAGAGUCUUAGACAAUCCUUGCAAUCUUAUUUACAAAGCCCACUUUUUUCCUCCUCUCCCGCUUUUUUUCCCCCCUGCUCUCCAUUGACUACCAUGUCCAAAUACUCAGGAACUAAGAAUGCCAUAGUUCUCCAGGAGGUUCAAUGCAGUGAUCACCUCGUCUUCUCUCAGUCGUCUAGUUCGGUCUUACCCGCUCAGUUCUUAAUCGCAGUGAUUGUAAUCAGGCCAGAAUACCAAGGGGCCAAAUGGCAUCCAAUCUGCAGAAUUGGACAGGCAGCGAAAGGCAGCUUUGGUGUAUUACAAUCACAAGUUGCUGUGGUACAACAUGUACACACACACACACACCAGUCUUUAGCCCCGUUUUUCAGCGCAGCAAAUAUGUGCUUAAGUCUUGAAGACAUUGUAAUCUUAACUGACAGAAAUAGUCUUAAAGCAGAGUGUGUGCCCUUUGACCUUCUGCAGUGUGUUAAUCAUUAUGUCUUAAGAGAAAGUCCAACUUAUCAGGAUGUUCCGGCCAGUCAUGCAAAGGGUUAAGGAGAAAAUGUACUAAACGAACAAUGGCACUUAUUUUCCAAAUUUUCAAAGGGUACUUGGAUUUGAGAUACUUUGUAUUUAUUUCAAGAUAUGUGAAGAAACAUACAUUUGAAAAUUCACAAAGUCAAAUCUGCCCCUUUUUUUGGCGAUUUAAAUCAUUUUACUUGUAUCCAAUCUUUUUUGAGCACUUGAAAAAAUAAAUAAAAUAGGCAAUCAUGCAUUCUAAAUGAUCGGCUUGUUCCGGCAGCAAAAUGGAUCUCGGGUUGUUUCCAUGUGGAAGGACAGCCAAGAAGCAGCCAGUGGUCAGGGCCUCUUGUUUUAGGCUUUGGCCCUACUGAAAGCUCCUACAGGGUGCGAGUGCCAUUCACCUCCACUCACCUGACCUCUGCCCAGUGCACACCCUGCCUCAAGGGGCUACCAUCUGGCUCCCGGCAUCAGCCCGUGCCCAGGAGAAAGGUAGCAAACAAUGGAAAUGAGGCCCAUGUGGUUUAUUGUGCCCUCCUUCCAUCAAAACACUCUCGAAAGGCCACGGCCAGAAGCAGCCACGAGGUGCUAGCGAGCAGAUGGAACAAGUAGAUCAAGCUGUGGGGGAUUAUUAAAACGACUGACGAGUCGGUAUCAUCUGAAAUACGGCAUUAUUAAUGCAUGAGUCCAGCUAUUUUGCCUUUGCCCUUGAACCGGUCUGUUUCAUCAGUAACCCAGAGAUUAGAACAGACAGGAAAUGUCACAGCGAGGCUGCUGGUCACUGCAUUACCUCCAAAGGUCUAAAAGGUACCGAUGGCCGUCUAGCGCUUACUUCUCCCAGCAGUUGAAGCAUUGACUUUUCUCCUCAGCGCCCCUUUUUGAAAAGCAUUUACUUAAUUUUUUCGAAGUUUUAAGCACUUCUUUAGAAGCUUGUAUCCGUACCUUUUAUUUUAUUGGUUUUGUUGAAGUUUGUCGUGAUUUUUACAUGAGGUACAAUACUUGGCUGGGUGUCCCUUGACAUCAGCAUUCAGUUUUUUUUUUCUUCUUCCCUGCUUACAAGCCAACGUUUAUUGUUUAAAGCUGUUAUAUCUGUUUGCUGGUGGACUGGUUGAUUUGUACGGGAUUUGUACAUAUUUCCUUGACCAUGCCAAGCCAGUUCUGUAGGCUGGUAGCAGACAAAAGGACUGUUGUUGGGACUGAAACUUGAUUGCGCUUGUAUAGAUAAAAAAGACAAAAAGAGACAAUUUCAAUCUCACAUGGAGACAAUGAUUCAAAAGUGUUACAAGCACUGGAUAUAAAUGGUAUUUUUUAUCAAUUCUGACUAAUGUGAAGCCGUUGUGCGAGGAAGAAAAAAAAAAACACAGACACGAACAACCUGUUUGGACUCAUGUGAGCGCGCCUCACAGUUGCCAGAUUUGAAUAAUUUUUCUUUUGACACACUUUGUUUAUUUAUGCAAAGACACGGGAUGAAUGAACACUUUGUUUAAGCUCCAGUGCUGCCUUGGGGAGAGAGAGCAGUAAACUCGACGGAGAGCCUCGCGUAGUGACUGGCCAACUGAGACACACCGGACUUCAGUAGCACAUUUUGAUGGUCAUGUAUGUUUGUGUUGUAUAUUGUAAUUGAAGCUCUCUAGUGCAUAUAGACAUUUUAUUGUAUUUAUUAGCCAUUAUUGGCUCUAAAAGUGUCAGUAGAACAGAAUUAAAGGACAAUCAGAGAACAAGAAUAAAAAGUGAAAUUUGAAAAUGAAUUGGAGCUCAAAACAAAGUUUCUUUCUUUCCUUCUUUUUUUUUUUUUUUGAUUGUAAAUAUAGGAAAAUAGAAUUCUAUUUUUGUUCAUGGAUACUUACCGAAGUGUAAAUUAUGUAUUUUACUUUACUGUGUGUGUGUGUGUGUGUGUGUGUUUGGUCAUUGUACUUAGAAGAAAGACUGAAAUCACAAACACAAUUCACUGUACCUCGUGUAGUUGCUGAAUUGACAUCCCUGUUGAUUGAGUAGUAUUGGAGACACAGCUGAGACACCCGGGCAUCUCAUUUCCAUGUGUUUCAGUGAUGAACCUCGCACUUCAUGCUUCGUUAACCAGCCAUUUGCUAUGUUGUUAGUGCACUCUGUAGCAAAGGACAAAUCUUGAAAUCCAUGUACGCAAUUUUCUUUUCUUUUUUUACUUAAAAAAUUGUUUUCUAAAUGUUGAGGUACUUGCUGAAGUUAUAUAAUAAUUGGUUCUGUGCCAAAUUUGAAUGAGAGAACGUAAUUGUUGGGCACCAGUUGUGGCGUGUCACAGUACAGCUUCAUCUGAAAACAUAUGGGAUGUGCAAAUAUUUAUGAUUGUGUGUUAGUUUGUUUUUCAUGCUGCACAGUGCAGAUCCACUCUGUGCAUUUGACGUUUUCGUACAAUAUUUUUCUCUGUGUUGCUUCAUAGUGUGUAAUAGACCAUUUCCCAUCCAGUCAACAGCAAGUCUAAAUGACAUUUCUUUUAUAAUACACAACUAUCACUGCUAUAUUAAUGCAAAAAUAGGUACAAUAACUAAGGACAAAGCUUGGGAGUUUCUACUUGUCUUACUGUAAUGUUUUUUUUUUAGUAUGGACUUUUGUGAUGUAUAUUGUGGGCUAGUUUUUGUUCAUUUAAAUCAGCACAAUUUCUUGACAUGCUGGACUGAUAUGCCAGCUGCUGUUCAGAAGAGUAAAAUGUUUCUGUCAGGGAUGACGUAUGCUGUUGUCAAUGCUAGUGUUUUUAGAUUUCUGUAGUCUCUCAAGCAUCACUGUGUGUGGCUUCUAUGUCGCUAGGUGGAGUCCUGUUUCGAAACCCGCUAGCAGCCUGAUAACACAUUCUUGUCUUGUCUUGUGUGUGUGUGUGUGUGUGUGUGUGUAGAGAUAAGUUUCUCAGCAGGUACACAGACCCAUGGCAGGUAUUAUUGUUUGGGCGUUAGAGAUAUAGAAUAGUAUCUAUUGCUGCCCUUUCAAAAAAAUAAAAAUGUAAGUCUAAAAAUGUAAAUAGUUUAUAAUAAUAUCUUGUACAGUCCAGUGUAAAGUUUUUAAUUGAACUUAAAAAGGUUGCCAUCACAUUUGUGUUCAAAUUCUUCUUUAUACAGUACAAAAGACAGCUAUUUGCUAAUGAUAUUAUUGUUAAAAAAGAAAAAAGGUACUAAAAAUAUUUUUUGCUUGGCUUUAGUAUGUAAACCAGCAAGUCGUUGGUUUCUAUGUGCAGUGUUGACGUGAGGUAAACUAAUUAAUGCUACAGUUGUAUGUUCAGAGACCAGUCUUCUCAGUAAUGGUAGUAUUAUUAUUAUAUAAAAAAAAAAAAAAAAAAACAGAUGAGUGACACAUUUUGGUGUAUUUAGACACCUGUUCUCCCCACAAACAGUAUUUAGCAUUUUGUAAUAUAACACCAUUUUUACAGUAUAUUCUCAAUUUACUGAUGUACGACGGCAGAUGAGGGUGUUCCUGUCUGUUUGCUUAUUUACCUCAAGAUUUCCUCUUUUUCCAUAAAGGAUGGAGUAAACACACAUAUAUGACAAAAUCGUCUCACCAUCACUCCAUCUUUUGUACUGCUGUUGACACUUACAAAUUAAAGAGACAUUUUGUUUUA